AACGCCGACUCUCCUCACCGUCGUCACGCCAUGAGUCUCGCCGUUGCUCCAUGGAAAGCCGUGACCUUCUCCGUCGAAACGAAAACAGGUAACGUUUUGUCAGCCACAGAACACCGAGCAUCUCGACAAAGGAUUGAGCAAGGGUGAAGAGAGCAAAAGAAAAUAAGAUCAGGAAAAGGGAUGGAGCCUCCGGCACCGACAAAAACGCCGGACCGGAGCUAGACUUGUUUUCAGAAGCGGCGACGAGUUCUCAAAGACUCUGUCUUUUAACAUGUAUUUAUUUCAUGCAUUUUUUUUUGUUAAUUUGUGCCUAUGAUUUUCAAUAUAUAUACUCCAUUAUUAUAGUGUAUGCUUAUUCAAAAAACCCGGUAAUAGUAAAUAUAAUAUCUUGCUAAAUACCAAAACAAAUAUUCAUGUGAUAUACAUACACCACAGUUCUUCCUAGGAUUUCCGAAGGUUUUGAGUUUCCAGUAUAUUAAAAACAAAUUAUUAUUUCCCCCUCACUUUAAUCAAAUAUUAAAAAUUGUCCUUAAAAUAAUUCCUAGUAGUCUAAUAAGUAUAAUAGAAGAAAACACUCGGGCUUCUCUAUAUAAUACUCCUUCUACGCCUUAGCUAAUUCAUCAUCAACUUUAAUCAUCUUUUGUCUUCCUCCUUGAACAUAAAAUGGGGGUUUCUCGUUCAAUUUCUUGUAGUGCUUUGGGAGCCCUAAUAUUGGGUUGCCUUCUCCUUCAAGCAUCAAACUCUAAUGCUCAGCUGAGGCCUGAUUUCUAUUUCAGAACAUGCCCAGGUGUUUUCCUUAUCGUUGGGAAAGUCAUCGUCGAAGAAUUGGGUAGUGAUCCUCGUAUUGCUGCUAGCCUCCUUCGCCUCCAUUUCCAUGACUGUUUUGUUAACGGCUGUGAUGCAUCCGUCCUACUGGACAAUUCCACAUCGUUCAGGUCCGAGAAAGAUGCUGCUCCAAACGCAAAUUCGGCUAGAGGGUUUGAUGUUGUAGAUAGAAUGAAAGCAGAGAUUGAGGAAGUUUGUCCAGGAACAGUGUCUUGUGCGGAUGUUCUCGCCAUCGCCGCUCAAAUAUCAGUGCUUUUGUCGGGAGGUCCAUGGUGGCCGGUAUCAUUGGGGAGAAGAGACGGCUCACAAGCUUUCUUCGAUCUAUCUAAUACAGCUCUUCCUUCUCCAUUUGCCACCCUUGCUGAACUUAAAACAGUUUUUAGAGACGCUGGUCUAAACCGCACCUCAGAUCUAGUUGCUCUUUCUGGUGCUCACACAUUUGGAAGAGCACAAUGUAUAGUUAUCACACCUCGUCUCUACAACUUCAACGGUACCAAUAAACCAGACCCGAGUAUAAACCCAACUUUCCUCACCCAACUCCGUAAACUGUGCCCUGAAAACGGGAACCCGACCGUUCUGGCCAACUUUGACCUCGCGACUCCAAAUCGUUUCGAUAGUCAUUACUACACCAAUCUUCGUCAAGGGAAAGGUGUAAUCCAGAGCGAUCAAGAACUCUUCUCGACUCCAGGAGCCGACACAAUUCCACUGGUGGAACUAUACAGCAAAAACACGUUCGAGUUCUUUAAAGCAUUUGCUAAAUCAAUGGUUCGGAUGGGAAAACUUAAACCUUUGACUGGAACUCAAGGUGAGGUAAGACUUAAUUGUAGGGUUGUGAACUCGAGAACUAGGGGUGUGGAGACAGAGGAUGAUGGAGUCGUCAGCUCGAUUUGAUUGUGUCAAGGAUAUGGAUGUGUGUAAGAAAGUAUACAAUGUGUGGGGAACUAUAUGUGCAUUUGGACUAAAUAAAUAUUUCUAAGGAGUUUUGUAUUAAAUAAUAAUGAAAGUUGGUCUUGUUUAACAUUUUAAA